CAUGUCAGCAGCGAGACAAGCAGUCCCAUAACUGCAGCACUGUUGCAUCCGUAUAGCGCCAGCAGGGGACCGGUCCAGUCUGGUGGGAGGACACAAAAAGACACAAUGCGUGAGUGUCCCAGUGGUUUGCGCGCUUUGUGAUCUAUCUCGCAUCGUCAUGCCAGCACAAAGGGUGGGCGGGCAAGACCCUUAUUCAGCUGGAGGCUUCAUGAGGAAGGCCAGGUGCUCGGGAGGAGGAACGGAGGGUCAAUUCCGGGCGUUCAGGUGUGGUCCAUCCAGCAACUGUAACGGCGUACUUGAGCUGCUGAGGCUGGCUCUUUGUACUGCUUGCAUCGUAGCACUCUUUUUGCUUGGGAUGACUCUAAGCCAGAGCGUUGCUGGCUAGCUUUACUGCGUCGGAUGCGCAUUCGAGCUGACAAUCGCUGCCUUCUUCCGAAUAUCGAUGCUGCAUCCUCUAUGCAUAACUGCGACAGCUGUCAAGGAUAUCAACACUCCAUACCCGCUGAUCGACUCAGACCCGCACUUCCGGCGGGUCAUCAAGUACUUCCGGCCAAGCGAUUAUGCAGCGUGGGCAGGAUCAGCGGCCGCCUUUCCCGGCGGUCUCUACCUGAUGGAAUUGUUCGACACCACAAGACCAAAGAAAGGGCUAGGGCCUGCGCUCCGGCUGAGCACUUUCCUCGGAGCAGCAGGCGGCUUCCUUCUCGCAUAUCAGCGCAGCUCUUUCCGCCUCUGGGGCUGGUCUGAAAAUGAGAUCGAGCAGUCGCUUGCCUCCAAAGAGCUCGAAGUGGCCAAAGCCGGCGGUCCCCUGCCAGCAGGCUACGGCCAGUCGGACCUGAGCGACUACAUUCAAGGUGUCGCACACAGGAACAGUGCCUUCUCCCAGCUCAAGUUCAGCGCAAUGCCCUGGUUCAACUUUUCCAACCAUAAGCAUCAUGGUCCCAGCACCGCUGACUUUAGCAUGGCCCGGGAAGGCGAGGGGAAGGAGGACGCAUAGUCCAUGGAUGAUGAUGAGUAGAGUGGUCGCCAUGGCGCAGGAAGCACUCAGAGAUAUGUACACAUCACUUUCAAUGCACUCUGCAUUUGAGAUGAUUGCACGCAA